AGUCUCAUCUAAAUCGCACACGAAUACGCACUUACCUGUUAAACAGGUGAGGUAAACAAACAGUAAAAGUUCGAUAUCAAUUAGACUUUUAAUGUUUUUGACAUAAAAGUAAAUGUGGAAUAUUUCAGUGCAAGUGUUGACGAAUGAAUGGCUGAAGUGCAUUACAAAUGGAGGUGCUGUAGAAACUACUGGAUAACUAGACUACUGGAUAACUAGCAUAAACGGAGGUUACAUCAAGCAAGAGGAUUAUUUCCUUUCAUUAACUUAUCAGCAUGCCAACGAAACGCCACCGGUUGCCGCAUACGUUCCCUCACAAGAUUGUGUUCAUAAUUUCUCUAGUCCUGUGUAUGUGCGCAUGUGGAGGUAUUGUAAAUGCAGUGGUUGCUUGGAGUAACUAUUUAUGGGGAUAUUAUUUAGGAACAGGAUUCUGGUCCGGUGCUGUAAUGCUGCUGGCUGGAAUGUUUGGCAUUGUUGCUAGUUACGUACGAAGCAUUUGUGCAGUGAAAACUUUCAUGAUCAUUUCUAUUUUUGGAUGUAUCACAUCGCUAGGAAUGAUCGCACUGGCUUCCGGUGGACUCGAUGCCCGGAGCGGAUUUUACCAUGGGUACAAUCAAACUACGUUCAUGACUAGUGUAAUACAUGCAGUUUAUCUCGGACUGGGUGUCCUGCAAUUGUCUCUUGGUGUUCUUUCUGAUGGAAUUUGUAUCUACUAUCUAUUUAUCGGACAUAGUGCUGAAAUUUACUGCGUUAAAAGUGAUGGUAAAAUAAAACAAAGCAAAAAGGGUAGUUAUAUUCGAAGAAAUGGAAAAGAAAGAUCAAGUACCGGAAGUCAGGCGCCUCUUGUUGGUGAAUCAAGGCAAUCAAAGCGUUCAAGUGUGGACAAAGAUACAAUGAGCAAUAGAAGAUCGCAAUCUAUUGGCGAAAAUUCAGAUGUAGCUGAAUUUUUCCCGAUACCAUACACCGCAUCAGGCACUCUUAAUAGACAAGCUCUCCUACGCCAGGAAUUGUUACUGUCAAAAGUAACACCUCUUAAAACUCCUUGUACACGAAGUGCGUCAUUUUCUACAUUUGGGCGCAUUGGUAGACCCCAUAGAGAAUCACUUAUUGACGACAAUGCGAGUAUUUCCGGUACAGGAGCUACCAAUCCUCCGCGAAGUCCGGACGAUGAAUGUCAUUACGCUCAGACUAUGCUAUUUGGACCUCCAGUCCCAAUAGAACAAGACGAGAUAUUACCACCGUAUGAAAUAGUGGACACUAGCCUCGUUAGAAGUAAACCAAAACGUCGAGGUCUAAAGCGACCCAAAAGUGAAGACCUUCAUAAACAUUCACGUGGGCGAAACAACUCUUCUGAGCGAGAAAAGAGAGGAAGUAGUAAGCGAGGUAAAAUCACUCAAGUGAAAUCAAAAAUACCUGCGACUGAAAAAGAAACACAAUCUGAACAUGGUUCUUUAAGAAAGCGUCCACCUAAACAAGAAAGUAACGCGUUCGACCAAAAUAUGGUGAGACUUAGUCGAUCUGCAGAUUUGCUUUCCUUUGAUGAAGAAAUUAAAAAUAAAAGAACGUGUUAUGAUAUUAAUGGUUCUCAGGGUCGGGGCAUUGAAUCUAGAAAUUUAUCCAACUCCGGUGAUAUGAUUCUUGUGAUGGAUCAACAAGUUCUUCUAAGACACAAACGUCCACAAAGUCAGACUGUGAGAAGCGAUAGAGAUAGACGAAUUGAAAGAAGGAGGAAAGCUUUAUCUGCAGAAUUCAAACCAAACAAAGAUCAGAAUAUGUUUAUUGGUCGCAUAGGGUUAGAUAAUCGUAGUGACUCGAUUGAUGGAUCAAAUUCUAGUUUAUAUGCUGGUAAGAGGAUAAGGUCUACGAAGUUUUCGCUAAGACAACCAGUUCGCCAAAUAGGCAUGCCACAUGUGUGUUCUCCUGUACCAGUAAAGCCACUUGUGCAUGUGCCAAAGGUAGGUCCACCACCAAAACCACCAAGAAACUUUUCUGUUAAGGCUGAAGAUCUUAAAGACUUAAAUAUGGAUGAAGAGGUAGAUACUAUUUUCGCCGAUAUUAACGGACUGAACAAUGUCGAAAAUAACGACGACGUAUUUGACACAAAGGAUAUUGACAUCACAAAUGUUGCAGAAGAGAAACCUUUACUUGUAACAGAAAGCAGACCUGUUGAGGGUGCUGUUCUUAAUUUUCCACAGAGUCAUUUGACAGACAAAGUUUUGCAAAGUAGCAAUAGAGUAACAUUAAAUACAUCUAGUGUACCUUUAUCACCAGAAGUCAAGCUAGACUCUGGACCAGUUUUAAAAUUUGUUCCUCCUAAACGAGAACCAAAAGAAGUAAUCGAUACAAAUGUUCAUUCUGAUAAAAGUGAAUCUGUAGUUAAGACUGAAGAUGUACAUUCUGUCAGACAAUUGUCUGACACAAUGACAUUACCAUCUUCGCCAAUAAUGAGACCACCUCCAGUGGCAUUUUCGAAAUCAAAUGAUAAAACUAGAACAAAUGUGGACAAAGGAAAUGUGACUGAAAAUAUUUCAAAAGAUAACUACACAAAAGCCCCGUUAAAAUUUAAUUUUGUAAAGGAAAAUAAUAACGCAGAAGUUGUUUAUGCGAAAGUUUUAAAAGAAAAACCACAGUCGCCAGUUUCGCCUGUCUCUUCCAUAUCACCGACAUCACCCUCCGCCAAAGUGCUAAAAGCGAAACGGUUAACGUAUACAUUUAAAGACAGAGACGUUAGUGUAUUUGACCCAAUAGGCAAUAGCAAAGAAAGUGAAGAGACAGUGGAGUCAACGGAAAGAAUAUCUAUACAGUAUCCAGUAGAAAAGCCAAAAGGAACCGAAAAUGUAAAUAAGCAAUUUGGACAACUCACAAAUGAAAGGAGCAAUGGUAAUAUUUCAUCUCAGCCAACUGUGAUAUUGCGCCAACCACCCUUGUCCCCGUCUGAAAGGAUUUUGCAAAGAAAAACGAAUACAAUUCAGAAUCAAAGCAAUCUAUCGCCAUCAAAGGAAGAUAGGCCUGUUAUUAUUCAACCAACAAAUACUUUUAUUAUAGACUUAACUAACACUGCAAGUGGGGCCAGACCAAAAACAAAUAAUGGAUUUUCCUCUAAUUUCAUGCCACCACAACAAUUUCAUGCAAGUAAAAUUGACACUAAUCCAAAAGAGACGAGGAGACCUGUUUCAAACCCUGUAGUUUUAAGUAAUGUGAGGGAAUCUCCACAAAAAGAAAUAAUAAGGAGACAGAUGUCUCAAGGUACUGCCACAAAAUCAGCUUUACCUCCAAUAUUACCCAAACCACAACAAAUUAAAACAAACAACAAUAACAGACAAACUGCCGGUGCUUCAUCUGACAGCAGUGCUAAGUUUGUGCCAGCUGUUUCUUCAGCGACAGUGUCAACAACAGGGGUAGCUAGGGGUACCGAUUUGAGUCGUUUUCAAGGUGUUCCUUUGUCCCAGCAUCAAACAUCAAAUUCACAAGGUGUUCUGCACCUUCCUCAGUCUCAAUCGUCUCGCCAGGUAGCAGACACUGUACCGCCACCAAUCCAAGCCAUGAAUGGUCAGCAUGGUAUGGCGGCAGCAGCAGUGGUGCAAAAUGUUGAUAUGCGUCGAAAUAAUGAUCCACAAAAUAACGACGACCAGGCAGACAAACCGUUAUUUUCUAUGGUGCUAUAAUAUAUUUUAUUGUUGCAAAAUUGUUUCACGACCCAUGUGCGUGUAUGUUACACACACAAUAUAACAACUUACAGAUCAUACUUAGUUUGCUUUUCAGUAUAUAUCAACAUGCAUCAUCUUUUGUGUAUGGAAUGAUUUUAAGUUUAAAUACCAUGCUAAUGGCAUAAGAAGAAUAUUAGUUGAAAUCCUGAUAUAUUGGAAAGACGAAUCUCACUGUUUCAGAGCAUUUUGGAAAUAUAUUUAUUUAACGUUACAUUUAUUGUGUGAUGAGUUUUUAUGCUGGAUCUGUCUUAGACCUGGUGAAAACUUGCUGCUUUCGAACUAGUGAUGGCUUAAUAUUAUAUGAUUUAUUGGUGCUUUAUUUUAGACAGGGGUAAUGUUGUUACGUUGUGUUUUACAUGUAUAUUUCCAUGCGUCUUAUAUUGAUUGAUAAGUUAGUUUAGGAUAGAGUUAUAUUUGUAUUCUUAAAUCAUAUGCCAUGCAUUUGAAGCACUUAAAUGUAAAUGUCAAAUCUAUAUAAAAACUGCUGCCGCUUUUACAAAUAUUAAGUUGAAAAUCUAUUUAUUAAAUAUACGUUACAAAUUUAAAA